AGGGGAGUCGAGAGCUCUGCUGGGAACUACAUGGUGCUCAAUUUUUCAAGAUGUCGUCGCUGGAACAGAGGCUGUCGCGAAUCGAGGAGAAACUAAAGCAGGAGAAUGAAGAAGCGCGCCGGAGAAUCGACCUCAACAUUGACAUGAGUCCACAGCGAUCACGACCGAGGCCGAUCAUCGUGAUCCAGCUCAGUCCUGCUCCAGCCCCUUCCCAGCGUGCAGCGCUCCAGCUGCCACUGGCUAACGACGGAGGCAGCCGUUCAUCAUCUUCAGAGAGCUCGCCUCAGCACCACCCAUACACCAGCCGUCCACGACAACUGCUAACCCUGCCCACGCCUCCAUAUGGCCUACAGAAGAGCCUAGAGAACGCAGAGAUUGACCAGAAAUUGCAGGAGAUCAUGAAACAGACGGGUUAUCUGAAGAUUGAUGGGCAGCGGUAUCCAGCAGAGGUAACAGACCUUAUCAGCGAGGGGGAGAUCGGCAGCGGGACUUGUGGACAGGUCUUCAAAGUGCGAUUCAAGAAGACAGGACACGUCAUCGCCGUCAAACAAAUGCGUCGCACGGGAAACAAAGAUGAGAACAAGAGGAUCUUGAUGGACCUGGACGUGGUGCUGAAGAGUCAUGACUGCCCUUACAUCAUCCAGUGCUAUGGCGCCAUAGUGACCAACACGGAUGUAUUCAUUGCCAUGGAGCUGAUGGGAACUUGUGCCGAGAAGCUGAAGAAGAGAAUCCAGGGUCCCAUCCCAGAGCGAAUCCUCGGGAAGAUGACAGUGGCAAUAGUGAAAGCGUUGCUGUACCUAAAAGAGAAACACGGUGUCAUCCACCGGGAUGUCAAACCCUCUAACAUCCUGCUGGACGCUAAAGGUCAGAUUAAACUGUGCGACUUCGGCAUCAGCGGACGCCUCGUCGACUCCAAGGCCAAGACUCGCAGUGCUGGCUGUGCUGCCUACAUGGCACCUGAAAGAAUAGACCCUCCAGAUCCCACCAAACCCGACUAUGACAUCCGGGCAGACGUGUGGAGCCUCGGCAUCUCUCUGGUGGAGUUGGCUACAGGGCAGUUCCCCUACAAAAAUUGUAAGACAGACUUUGAGGUUCUGACCAAAGUGCUGCAGGAAGACCCUCCUCUCCUGCCUCUCGGCAUGGGUUUCUCCCUCGACUUCCAGUCCUUUGUCAAAGACUGCCUCACAAAGGAUCACAGAAAACGGCCAAAAUACCAUCAGCUGCUGGAGCAUAGUUUCAUCCGGCGUUACGAGGUGCUGGACGUGGAUGUGGCUGGUUGGUUUCAGGCGGUGAUGGAUCGCACCGAGUCGCCUCGCAGCAGCCAGUGUUACAGCCAUCAGCACCAGCUCCACUCGCUCUUCAGUAGGUAGCCUAGCCUCGACCAGCCUGGCGUCAGAUUAGCCAUGUGCUAGACUAGCCUAGCUUUAGCUUUGCCAAGCCCAGACUCAGUCUAUUCUAGUCUAGCCAUUCGCAGCUACGCCUAGCGCUACACCCCAUCCCAUCUUGUCCAUCUGUCCGCCGGGAAGAGACCUGAAGAUCCCACAGAGGGAGAGACGAAGACUCAGUGGAGGACUCUGGAUGGACAGAUGGAGCGAUGGUCUGGUAGAGGGAUGGAUAGCUGACACAGGUGGUUCUGGUUAUUGGGGUGUUGAAUCUGGACAGACAGACAACAGGGGAGGGUGGAGCAGGAAAAGGUGCACGCUGUAGUGAGCUUCAUUUGUUUACACACUGUUAGCUCUCACCACACUAUCAUCACGUCACUGUGUAAGUUUUAGCCACGCACUUGCAUACAAACUCUGUGUGUGUAUCUUUUGUGUGCUUCUACAUUUUCUCCUCUUUUCAGUAUUUUACACAUGUCUUUCUCCGACAUUGAUCCAAGCCAUUGGAUUAGUAAACAGAGUAGUCACUACACACUGGAACAAAGCAUUUGCUACUUUAGCAAAAACAAAUCGCUCUUGUACAUAAACGAUUUUGAGGAAAGAACAAUGUCUGGUGCAAUUAUGAUUCUUCAGGUGUUUCUACCAUCACACAUUCUCAGGCUGAAUCUAUAUGUAGUGUGUGAGUGAGUGAGCAUUUCCAUGUAUGUAUGGAUAAAUAUAAAGAUGCACUCACUGGCUUUUAUGAGUGAGUUGUAUUUCCUCAUUAAUUCACCUUCACACUACAGCUCUAACACACAAAUAAGAACAAAUGAAUCUGUUGGUUGUGCUUUUAAUCUGAAAGGAUAGGCAUUCAUAUAUUUGUGCUAUACACUGUGUGAGCAUGCACAUCAUUUUAUUUAAUCGCUGCAUAAUUGGAGGGGUGGAAAAACAAUGAAAAACACUUACCAAAAAAAUUAGCGUUGCAGUUUAGCUUUAUAGAAAAGAAGUCGUUUAUUGUUUCAGGGGAGUUUUGAUGUACGAUCAAGGUGUGCCAGGAGUACAUCCACACUGAUAUGUUUUUGUUUUAAAAAUCGCAAUUUUUACUGCAUUUGUGCCGAGCAUUAACACUACGUCAGCAUGACUUUUGAAAAUACAACUGACCCAAAAAACUCUGGGAUUGUUUUCUUAUGCGGCUCCCUGUGGCGCCGCAUAAUGCCUCAUAAUUUCAUUGUAUUUGCUUUGCAACGACCCCUAGUCUUUGGUCCAGUUCGUCCUCAGCACUUUCCCACACCGUGACAAACCGUGUGGAGUCAGGCAUGUGGCCGUUAAAGGCUCUCUAAAUGAGGCAGUAGGGUAGAAAUGCAGAGACGAGCUUUGGGAUGUCUUCUGGUUCACCAGACAGAAGCAGCAAUUUGUAAUAAGUAUCUAUUCUGAUUCAACUUUAUUUGGGCAUUUAAAACAUUUUGAAAAGCUGCCACAUGUCAUUAUUUUAUUUGUCCCUUUCUUGUAACAAGAGCAGAAAUUAAUUAAUUAUAAUUAAGCACUUUUCAAAGCCCAAACAUGCACAAAGUUUCCCAAAAGUCACUUCAUUUUGUUCAAUACUGACACACUCCCUCUGAAAUAAUCACAUGGAACUCAUGCGUGGAGUUUCCUGGUUAGUAACCCUGCUUCAGUGUCGAGCCAGUGUUGGAGGGCUUUACUACCCGCUUACAGUUAAGUUGGUCUGGAGGAGCACUUAAUGUAGCCGACCCUCCACAUAAAUGUGAAUGCGAAUAGGGAGAAAGUUUAAUGGCCAAAUUCCUAAGUUUGCUGUGGCUGUGCCAGCCUCUUGCACUGCGUUGAGUAGCAGUUCCACUUCAUUCGUCCAAGUAAAAAAUUUUCAAAAAAACCAAAACCUCUCUCGAGUCUGUUUGCCAUUGGCUUUCUUACUCUGCAGUAUUUUCUUCAAGCAACCAGCCCCUCUGCUUCCUGUUUACACUGGCGCACUUGUUCCCGUUGUAUGUGAAUGAUCAAUGUGAUACAACUUUACAGACAUGUUCAGUAUAGACAGAAAUUGCAUUUUUAAAAUGAGGCGUAUUAGUGUGGAUAUAUUAUUGUUUAGAAGUUGGAGUGGAAAAGGCCGAAAAAAUAGAGAGACUUAGUAAAGGUUACAAGUGUAAGAGAGAGAGAGAGCGAGCAGCUGGGUGAUUUUAAAAAUGGGAGCAGAAUGUUUUUUCAGUGAGAUGGCAAAGAAGAGGAGCUUUUUUUUUUUUUUUUUUUUUGUACAGAGAAUUUAAAUGAUGUAGAUCUUAUGACCUGUGGAGCAUUUCUUUACUUCACUCUCUGUUCAUCUACCUCUUCCUCUUUGUCCACCUCUGUCUGCCUCGGCUGCUCAGUGUCACGUAGUGCUCCACAGUGUUAUCAGACCAAAGGCUGCGUGUAGGUUGUUGAUGGAGGCCGAGAGAUUUAGGCCUGCUCCUGCAAAACGUCAGAUCCGCACGAGAGUCAGACUGUCAGCCUGGGGGCCUGCAAUUCCAAUUUCUGUUUUAUAUUUGAGCAUUUACCUCAUCUUGAUCAGGCUUUCAGAUAAAUGGAAAUAAGGUGCCAAUA